AUGAAUGCUCUUGCGGAUCCAGGAGAGGCGGGCUCGAUCUGGCGGACAGAGAAAAUCGACAGUUUUCAGAAACUGGCCGCAAAAGCUGGAUUGGAAGAGAACGAGGAGUACAAACGUCUCAUCACACUGAUCGUUGCAGAGACAACAUCGUUGGAACAGCUAUGGCAGGCACAAAAAGUGGAGAACGAUGCGGGCAUGGCGGCAUAUGGCGCGGGCGCGCAUGGCAAAGCAUUCCACCAUUUUUCAGAGGCCAUCCGGCUCUGGCCCAGCAACUGCAUCUACCAUGCCAACCGGGCAUCCUCAGCCCUGAAAUUGGGCCGGGCAGACGUGGCUCUCCAGGAUGCCAAGAAUGCCAUGAAGAGAAACCCCAAGUACUGCAAAGCAUACCUCCGGGCAGGAGCUUGUGCGGUAGCUCUGCAGCGGCCGUCAGAAGCUCUGUCGAUGUACCAGCACGCCCUGCUGCUCAAGCCCAAGAGCUCAAAGGCAAAGGCACGCGCAGGCUGUGAAGCAGCAGCGAGGAUGUGCGAGGAGCAGGCGAGGACGUGUGAGCAGGAAGCUGCUUCUGCGCUGCAUGGAGAGCGUCCGCCGAUGCCCCCUGCAGCACCCAGCGACGAGGCAGCCGCCGAGCAGCUGCUCAGCGCAGAAGCCAUGCUGCAGGCCUGCCCUGACAUGCAUGCUGCCAUAUGCGCCUACAUCGAGGGGCUCAUCCUGUGCCAGCGCUAUGCAGAUGCACAGAAUGCUUGCCUGCCCCUGCUCCCUGGCGUGGACAGGCUCUACCUGCAGGCGGAGGCAUCUUGGAGGGGAGGGGACGCGGAGGAAGCCCACACCAGUCUUGAGGCUGCGCUGGCACUUGCGCAGGACAGCUCAAAGUGCUUGAAUCUCAGGAGCCUGGUGGCGCGCUUGCUGCAGCAUGAAAGGGCAGCAGCAGCUGCUCGCGAGGAAGGCAGAUUGGAGGAGUGCAUCGGGGAGUGCACAGCAGCCCUGCAGACGACAGAGCACUUCUCGUGCGCGGGGCUGCACUGCCACCUGCUAUACCACAGAGGCUCCGCGCAUGCGGCGGCUGGUCACUCACAGGAAGCUCUGGGCGACUGCAGCGCUGCACUCCAGCUGAACCCAGCACAUGCAGAGUGUCUGCACCUCCGCCACACGGUGCACCGCGAGAUGGGCAGCUAUGUGGAGGCGUACCUGGACCUGCAGCGGCUGCGCACUGCUGCGCCGUCCUGGCCGGGGCUGUUGCAGCUGAUGGAGGAGGCGGCCACGCUGUCCCUUGCGCACCGGUCAGACCUGCGCGCUUCAGCGAAGGCCGGCAAUGUCCCUGGGGGCUAUUAUGAGGUGCUAGAGGUUCCAGUGCAGGCAUCUGCCCAGGACAUCCGGCGCGCAUACCGCAAGCAAGCUGCUGUGUGGCAUCCUGACAAGUGGCUGAAUGCGGAGAAAGAUGAUGUGUUCAGAGCACAGGACAAGUUUCGAGAGGUCACACUUGCAUAUGAGACGCUAGGGGACGAGCAGAAGCGGUGCAUGUAUAAUGCAAAGAACUUGUGGUACUGA